ACAUAGUAUCGAAGAGAAGGUCUCCAUUAUUAGAUUUAAUCUUAUAAUAGUCGCGAUCAAAGUGCCGAGCUUGAAAAUAAUUAUAUCUAUACACAUUUUUUAGUCCUACAUAAUUUACUGUAAGAGAUAAGUUUACAACACCUUGAACCCUACUUUUUUUAAACCUAUUACUCUGUUGUUAUCAAGACUUCGACGUACACGUUUGUUCGUUUACUGAAAUAAAAACUUUUUUUGUCAAAGUGAAACAAAAAAAAUAAAACAAAAAUGAACGGAUUUGCGUUAAAAACAAUUGCUAUAACUUUGCUUGUGUGUGUUAUAAUCGAUUUGACUCGAGCAAAUGAACAACAAGUAUUGCCAGAUGGUCCGAUAAUUACCGAAGAACCACCCAAGAGCUUCAAAGAUAAAUUUAAUGGUUUCGUGACCAGCGUUAAAGAGGGUGCAUCUGAUGCCUAUGAGUCUGUGUCUGACAGCGUAUCUGAUGCGGCCAAAAAAUUGGACGAAAAGCGCAAACAGGCCGUGGCGGGAACCAAGAAGCUCGUAAAUGGUGCCAUCGAAAAGAUCAAAAACACUUACAACGGAUACAAAAACCCAGAACCAAACGAAGAAGAUGUUCCAGCUAAAGUUCAAGAGACCGCAGAAGACUUGUACCAAGAAACAGUGAAAAAUAUUCCACAAAAACCAGAAAAGUUUACUUCUUAAUAAAAUGUAACCAUUUUGAAUUUAUAUGUGUACAAUUUUACCAUUAUUAAAUUAUUUACCAUUUUAAUUUAUGUUUGUAACUGUGAAUACUUUUACACGAAAUAAUUAUGUGUACAUUAAAUAUAAAAUAGAUAAACUGAUAAUUCUUUAAGUUAUCAUAGAUUUUUGAACUUUA